ACAUUAAUAAAUUAUCCUGAUCCAUAGAAUAAUUUGAAUAUUAUCAGGAAUUAUAAAUCAAAUAUAUUCAAAAUAAUUGCGUAUUAUCAAAAAUAAUUUAAAUAUCGCGCUUGAAUUUUGCUCGUUUUAUCUAAUAUACCACAGGUGGUGUUUUCUUAGGUACACAAGUGCAAUGCGAUUUAACCUAUCUUUUAACAAAAUAUCUUAUUGAGAUCUUUUCUUGCGUGUUAUUACAAUAUUUUAUAUCAAUUCUCUCUAUAAUCUCUAUGUUAUAAAAGAUUUUUGGAAUUAAAUUAUUUUGAUAAGAAAAUGAGCACGUCUUUUAAUAUAACUGCAGGGUUCAGGGAAGAUUGUAUAAUAUUAAUCGAUCGUUUCGAAAAAGUCGACGAUAUAAGAUUUAAAAGUUUUUCCGAAAUUUGGAAAGAUUUAAAAUUUAGUCUAAUCUUUAAAGACAAAGAACAUGUUGCAGAAUUAAUGGAGUUUUGCGAAGAAAUAUUACAUCUAACAAAACAGUAUUUGUUUUCCGGUACAUUUAAAGAACGUAUUUGUGGCUUAUAUCUCUUGUAUGGAAUAUAUUUCAAAAUGCCAUGUUUUCAAUUUAAAAUUAGAAUUACAUUAACAGAGUGGCAGAUGAUUACGGAAUUGCACAAUCAAAUAAGGGAAGGUGAACAUCAUGAUGCCAAUUAUAUAUUGAGCAAACUUAUCAUCAAUAAUGCUUUUAAACAUUGUCUUUUUGAUCAAGAGAUUAGCUUUGAGAAAUGCUUUAGAAAAAGAUAUUAUUAUAAUAAUAAUCCUUAUUCAGUUUUAUCAUCUAUUAAAAAUAUGGGCGAGAAAGAUCAAAUAUUUGAAAAGAUAAAUAAAUUAAGCAAAACGUAUCACCAAAAGAAAUGUGAAGCAAUUGGCAGCAAUACUGAUAAUUGCAGUUUAAAUUUAUUUAAUUCCAACUUUGCUACUGAGAUUAUAAAUGAUAUUCAUACGUUUAGUAGAGGUAAGGGAUAUAAUAAGGAAAUGUGUACAAGUGCAACGAAGAAAGAUAUUAAAGAAAUAGAAGGGUCUUCGCAAAGUGACAAGAAAAUAAAACGACUAGAUCUAGAUGACCCCUAUCUCUCUUCCUCAAGUGAUAUUGGAAGUAAUGUAUCACCAUUAAAUAUUAUCGAUAACAAUACUGAAAGUAUAAUGGAUGAAUUUGCCGAGUAAAUAUAAUAAAAUGAUCCGCAUACUUUUAACUGGUCAUUGUCAUCAAAUCCAGCACUGUGUCCUGCAUUGCGCACAAUAAAACUUGUUCCGUCGUAAUGCAUCCGGCGCUCUCCUCGACGCACAAAUAGAUGAGACGUUUGACCCAACGAUGCUGUGCAAUGUAGAAACGGAGUUGUUAAGGAUGCAGUUCCAUUGCUAGGUGAUGUUCGUAGCUGAUACUUGUUGCUAUUACGCGCAAUUCUGUUGAAAAUUAUAAUGAAUUUACUGCAGCGAAAUGCAUAAAUGUAAAAACACACCUGACAAGACCAUCCGGAGUCUGAGAAAUUCUGACAUUAUUGAUGAUCCAAUUUUCAACACCUUCAUCUGUCAUCCAAUAUUGAGCAGCUCCGAGAGCUGUAGCCGCUUCUUGCAGGCACGACGAUCCAUGUCGCGAGCCGGAGUAAAAAACACUCAACGAAAAGUCCUGAAAUAAUAUCAAAGUGAUGUACAAUUGACGUAAUUAAAAAUCGUUACUCGUUUAUAAAAUCGAUAAUCUAUUACUUGACUCAUGUCCGAAAACGAGUCAGUGGUUGUUCUAGUUCCCGCUGCAUCCACUAAAUAUACAAGAGCACAUUGUUCGCAGAAAUGACCAACUUAUUAUUCCCAUGCGUAUCGUGGGCCAGAAUUUCAACACGCGAUCCAUAUUGAUAUAUUCUUCCAUUUGGAUGUAAUAAUGCAGCGGCUGCUCCAGAACAGCUUAACGAAAGCACGAUAUUAUUCUGCACUGACGAAAUAUGUAUAUAACGCAUAUGCGUAUAACUAUUUUCUCUUUUUCGUUAUAAUUAAUCACGAUCGACUGUCAUGUCAACUCGAAUCCUAUUGCGGAGUCUCAGGGAAAUGGUACCAUGUGGAGUGGCAACAGCACCUCCUGCACUCGCAUCGGUCUCGUGUUCCCUCCAAUUUUCUGUAUAAAGGCAGGCCUCCUCGGCUGUAUAAUACGGAGUGGCCAUUGUUUUAGGAGUUCUUGGCUGUCUCCAAAUCGCCCCUGAACUCGAAUAAGUGGUUGCACCCGUUAUACCGCCGCUCCAUUGAUCCGCUGGUGGUGUUUCAAAGUACUUGGAAAAUUCAUUGUACCGCUGAAAGAGAGUUUGUUCUCGGAUGAUUAAAAAAGAGCAAACAUGAGAAUAUGAAUUACGUACUUGAAAAUUAGUGUCCUCGGUCUGUGCAUGAUAACUGUGCGCUGUAUAAAGUGAUCGUGGUCGCAUUGGUGUUACAGUAACCACUGUGCCUGGCUUAUGUUGCGCAUCCGGAUGAUUAAGUAAUUCUGGUGGACAAGUGGAUAUUGGACUAGCAAGAAUAGUUUGCUUCAAAUCAUAGAAUAGAUGACUGUCAUCUUUUGUACAGAAAGAAAUAGCAAGACCAGCUUUACCAGCACGCCCCGUUCUACCAAUACGAUGUGUGUAAUCUACGAAGGAAUAUGAAAUUGCAUUAGUAAGAAUAAACAUUUUAACAAUAAUUUUACCAUGUACAUUUUACAAAUAUACACAUACCUUCAAUAGUUUUAGCCAUAUCGUAAUUAAUAACCAUAGAUACAUCCUUAAUGUCAAUACCACGUCCAGCUACAUCAGUAGCAACUAAAAUAUCUUUACUUCCACUCUUAAGAGAUGCAAGGGCAUAUUCUCUUUGCUCCUGCCCUUUACCACCAUGAAGAGUACAUGCGUUAUACUAAAAAUAUAAUGUUUUCAUCGUAAUCGUAUAUAAAUAUAUACUACAUAUGUACAUAUAAUAUACAUAAUAUGUCAUUAUGUUUUACCCCAAGCUUUUCCAAUCCUCUUGCAAGUACAUCUGCACCCUUCUUUUGAUUAACGAAUAUAAUAACGGGUGGUUCAACACCUCUGCUAAGUAUUUCCAUAAGUUUUUUACGUUUAUCAGCUUCACCCAUUAUGUGAACUAUUUGUUCAGUUCGUUCCGUAGGUUUACCAACACUACCGAUAUAGACUACAGCAGGUCGUCUUAAAUAAGUUCUUGCCAAACGUUCCACUGCAGGAGGCAUAGUAGCUGUAAACAUCACAGUCUAAAAAACAGUGAGACAAGAGAUUAAAGCGUUGAAAAUGAACGAUUGUGUAUGUGUGUGUGUACAUAUAUAUAUCGAUCACCUGUCGGUAUUUCUUCUUUGUAUUGUAAUUAGCCAAAAGUUUUUCUUCAUUUUCGGCAUCUUCGUUGUCCGGUUUCAAAUUUGUUACCGGCAUAUACUCCAAAAUUUUCUGUACAUCUAAUAUAAAUAAAUAUAUAAAUUAUUUCGUAUAUAAAUCUUGAGUAAAGCAAUAGUUUAAUAUGUAACCUGGUUCAAAGCCCAUGUCUAUCAUUCUGUCAGCUUCAUCCAAUACGAUAUAUGUACAUUGAUUUAAAACUAAAUAUCGAUUUUCUAACACAUCUAUCAAUCUUCCAGGGGUAGCAAUGACAA